CGGAUGGGGAAGAGCCCCGCAGAGUUGGGCCUGUGGAUCGCAUGGACACCCUGACACUGGGCCGGUGGCGUCGGCGCAGGCCGGAGGAACUGCAGGUUUUGGGGGACGCGAAGCGGGUGUGCAGGAGCUUAGAAGUGGCCGUGCAGGAGCCGGGCUGCCCCCAGGUGAAGGCCAGCGCCCGGGUGUCCUGGGGCAGCAAGGAGCCGGAGGUGCCACCUGGAGGCCACCGUCCUGCCCCGAGGCCAGACAGCGGCCAGGGGCCACCAAAUGCGAGGAUCCCUCCGAACGGUGGAAGGAGCCCUGCCCAGCCCUGCCCGAGAUGUAUUGCAGGGGAGUCUGGACAUCUUAACCAUACCGAGAAUCAUUAGAAGAUGCGAGUUGGAAGAGGAACGUUCCAGUUUGGGUUUUGAACCUCCAUGUGAUGGCAGAUGUAAACCUCGUACGGACGGAUGUGGGGCUCCCACCGGCCUCCGCGAUCGAGCCAGGGGGAUCCUGUCGCCUCCAAAGAGCCUGCAAAUCGCUCGUACCUACUAAGCCUUCUUCCCAUGUAUCUUGGUUAAGAAGAAGAUCAGUUGUGUCAUUUAAAAGUCUUGGAAAAUUCAGUAUCAAAUUUCCUGUGAGAUUUGAGAACCCCGUGGCUUAUGAAGCCAUAUCCAGCUACAGCCUCGCUUUUAUACUUUUCACUGGUUUUGUGAGUGCAUCCUUAGGCAUUCUUUUUCAUGGAAAGACUUAUUUUUAUACCUAAAUGCUCUGUACUCUUAAACUGAAUUUUACCAAAUGCUAGUAUCCAAACUGUUCUGUGUAAUCCUACAACUUACGUUUACGGGGCACAGGACCCCUUUCAUAUUAAAUGGCAAUUUCUCAUUUUCUCUUGGGUUUUCAGCGUAUUGUCGGACUGUGCAGUCUGGUGUCCUUCUCCGAGUCUGAAGGCUUCCCAAGAUGUCCUGGUCGUCUAGGACAAGGUCCUAGCAAAUGCAGUGGGUUCUAGGAUUGCUCUCAGGUUCUUUCCCUCCCCAGACUGGGGCGGGACGAAGCCCCUGUGCUCUGGCGAUUUCGCUGUCACCCACCUGGGCCCCUUCUCUGCUGGCCACCCACCGCAGCCUUGGCGCUCUGACGAGCCCGAGCCAUAAACAGUCGCUGCGUGUAGCCUUGGAGGGAAUUUCUUGUCGGAAAGAUGGACAGAAGACAAGGAGCUGGAGAACACUAGUAAAUGCGUCUGUGAUGUGGACUCUAGAACCACAGGAAAGAAAGCUGACAAUCCCACCACCAGCAUCUCAGGAGGGGGCUGGACAUUUAACCUGAAUAAGGUCCCCACGGUGACAGACGCGGGAACACCCAUCCUCGCCAAUUGACCAAGGCUGAGAGAGAGAAAGUGUUGAGAUUUGUGGCCUUAAACUAUAUAUUCUAAAAGAGCUUUUUUUUUUUGUCUCCUCUCUUUUCAAAAUGAGAUACACAUCUUAAUUUUUUACAAGAAAAAUUAAGUCUUAGAUUCACGACAUUUUUGUGUGUGUGUGAUCACGUCUCUCCCCCAGUCCUCGGGGAGAGGAGAUGCACGCGGACUCACAGCCGCCGUGCUGGGAAUCGAGGCGGCAGGCACCCGUCACCCGGCUCUGCACGUGACUCAGCUCGUGUAGGGGACGUGCCCGUGCAGCCCCCUGCCCAGUGGAGACGCCGGCUUUAGAGCCUCCUCUCCCCCUCCACCGACGUCCAGCCAUGUGACCCUGAGCACCAUGAGUGUCUUUGUGCCUUAUUCUCAUCCGCGAAAUGGGGAUGGUGACCUGCAGGACUCAUGCACAGAGGGGCCCUGGUGGCCACUCGGUCUGCGCAGCCUCCCUGCACAGCCCUUCCAGAACCAAAGCCGUCUGGUCCUGCCGCUGCCGGGAAGCCCCGCCCCUGCCACCGCAGGCUGCGGGAGCACCAUUCCACGUCAUCCCCGUGGCCCCGGCCCUCAGCUCGUGACCAGUGUUCUUGGUUUUUCUGUGUAUGCUGAAGCACCUUCAGAAAUUCCUGGCCCGUCAGUCACUUACACACGUGCACGUAUUUGGGAGGAUCACACGCUCAUUCUCAUCUCUGCAGCCUGGUUAGGAUACGGCUCAGAUGGCCUCUGGGGAGUGGUGGGGACAGGAUUUCACUUGGGGAGGAUGGAAAGUUCUGGAGACAGAGGGUGGUGAUGGUCGCAUAACCCUGUGAACAUGCUCAAUGCCACUGAAAUGUACGCUUAAAAAUG